AGCCGCGCGCCCGCCUCGCCGCCUCGCGGCAGGCAGAGCAUGGCCCUGGGUCUGCCCGCCGCCCGCGGGCUCCGGCUGCUGCUGCUCCUGCCGCUGCCGCAGGUGGCUCUGGGCUUUGCAGACGACAGCUGCGACCCCUCGGACCAGUGCCGCCGUCCCCGCAGGUGUCCGCCCCAGGCCCGCUGGAGCAGCCUGUGGCACGUGGGGCUGGUCCUGCUCGCUGUCCUUCUGCUGCUCCUGUGUGGGGUCACAGCCAGCUGUGUCCGGUUCUGCUGCCUCCGGAAGCAGGCGCAGGCCCAGCCACACCUGCGGCCGACACAGCAGCCCUGUGACCUGACGGCCAUUCCUGUGGACAGCGACAGCCCCGUGCACAGCACUGUGACCUCCUACAGCUCCGUGCAGUACCCACUGGUCAUGCUGCUGCCCCUGCCUUUUGGGGAGCUGGACCCUGACUCCAUGGCCCCUCCUGCCUACAGCGUGUAUGGCCCUGAGCUUCCGCCCUCCUAUGAUGAGGCUGUCAAGAUGGCCAAACCCACAGAAGAAGAGCUGGUGCCCCCCUAGAAACCCAGCCUGCUCCCUGGGGCUUCAGGCCUAGAGACCACUCCAGGGUCCCGGGAGACAGGCCUCCAUGCCCAACACUCCCGCUGCGGCACUGGUGCCCCAUGAAGGAGGCCAGGGAACACUCUUGGAGCCAUCAGACCAGAGCCGGGAGUAUUGGUGCUUGGAGCCACGGGGCCCCCAGCCUGCCCACCACCCUUGGUGGGCGGGGCUUGUUGGGGUGGGGUCAGGAAGCCUUGCUGUCCUGCACGUUGCUGCAGGCCCAGCCUCGAUGGUGUCACCCCACUGGCGACCCCCAGGCAGGCUGCUGCUUUCAGCCCCAGCCCCUGGCCCAGCCCCAGCGGGCCCUGAGCCUCGGGAGCUCAAGGGCAGCUGUGACAUCUGCAUCUUUUUAGAGCGAGAAUAAAGUUUGUAUUUAAGUGGC